GGCAUCACCAUAAAUUCAGUGGUCCCUUAUACCAUAUAAUAUAAGAAGAAGAAAGGAAGUGUGUAGGGAUGAAUUAACCAAACAAUUUUCCAGCUGAUUCUUCUCAUUUCUCUUCAUGCCAUUUCUCUUUUCAAAACAAUAUCACAAACUCAAAUCCAAUAAUCAUCGUACUAUUCAAAUUAACCUUGUACCUUGUAUUCUUCUUCUUCUUAAAGUACUGAAUUCAGAUCAACUCGAUUAUCAUCAGUAAUUGUAUUUAUGGGGAGCACGGAUUCAUCAACCGGGGCACGUCAUCAGCCUCAGCUCCCUCCAGGGUUCCGAUUCCACCCGACCGAUGAAGAACUCGUCGUCCACUACCUGAAGAAGAAAGUUGACAGUGCUCCGAUUCCGGUUGAUAUUAUUGCUGACGUUGAUCUUUAUAAGUUUGAUCCAUGGGAACUCCCUGCUAAGGCAAUAUUUGGAGAACAAGAAUGGUAUUUUUUCAGUCCUAGGGAUAGGAAAUACCCGAAUGGGGCGAGGCCGAACCGGGCAGCUACAUCGGGUUAUUGGAAGGCUACCGGAACUGACAAGCCGGUGUUUACCGCCGGUGGAACUCAAAAAGUUGGGGUCAAAAAAGCUCUCGUGUUUUAUGGUGGAAAACCUCCUAAAGGAGUGAAAACUAAUUGGAUCAUGCAUGAAUAUAGACUUGCAGAAAAUAAAACAAAUAAUAAGCCCCCUGGUUGUGAUAUUGUUGCCAACAAAAAUGGAUCUCUGAGGUUAGAUGAUUGGGUUUUAUGCCGGAUUUACAAGAAGAACAACACACAAAGGCCAACAGAUGACAUGAAUGACAUGAUGGGACCAAUACCACCAUUAUUUUUUCAACAAAAACAACAAGGAAUUAAAGCUUCAAACUAUGGUGCAUUGCUCGAAAAUGAAUCGAACAUGUACGAAGGAAUUAUGAACAACACGAGCGAUAUGAUCAACAAUAAUGGAUCCAUUUCACAGUUAUCGUCAAAGAGACCGCUCCCUGCAGGUUUGUACUGGAAUAUCGAAGACGGGGAUAAUUCUCCGCAUACAAAAAGGUUCUUAGUGGAGAACGGGGAUGAUGGACUUAACAUGAAUAAUGUGCAAACAAAUCAUGAUCAGAACAGCUCCAUCGCCAGUUUCUUGAGCCAGCUUCCUCAAAAUCCUUCGAUUCAACAACAACAACAAGCAUUGGGAUCUCUUAGUGAUGGAGUUGUCUUUCGACAGCCUUAUAAUAAUCAAGUUACCGGCAUGAAUUGGUACUCUUAGAGAUGCAAAAAAUCAAAAUUUAGCUGGCCCUGUGAAAUUAAUCAACCAUAUAAUAUAUAGUACAAGUAUUAUCUAUGGAUCUCUCAUCAUUCUACUUAGAAUUUACACAGAGCACCAUCUACUCAGACCGUCACAUCAGCAAAAGAGAGAGACAUAAUAGAUAGUGAAACACAACUAGCUAGCGGCAGACAGGCAUUCAGUUAGAAAUCAGAUGCUCCUUCAACAACUAUCUUCAGAAUGUUAUAUCUCAGCUUUCUUCAAAAACCAGCUAUUAGAAGGCUUCUCUUAAAGCAGAAAAAUAGGAGUUUUAGUAAUUUCAGCUAUUCGAUGAGAAUGAUUGCAGUAGUGAAGCAAAUUAUGAUAGACACGAAAAUCAUUUGUUAGAUGAUAAUCUACAGCUUUUUUGGUGACUAUAUGCUUGUGGAAAAAAUUUAGGUAAGACGGAAUAUGUAUGGUUGGCUUAAUUUAACCUCUAAUACAACUUUGGUUUGUUUGUGAUUCUAUGAAUAGAUAUGCUAAGAAUGAAAAUAAGAUUUUGUUGUUGUAUCGA